AGUGACGCAAGCCGAGGGGUGGGGCGGGCUCUGCGCCGGAAGUGCCUAGCAGAUAGUAAAUAAGCCCCAAAAGGCGAAAGUGAGGCUGUCUCCAUCUUGUCUGCGCCCUCUGGAAUUGGCGACGUUGUGGAGAUGGGGAGCGUUCUGGGGUUGUGCUCCAUGGCGAGCUGGAUACCAUGUUUGUGUGGCAGUGCACCAUGUUUGCUAUGCAGAUGCUGUCCUAGUGGAAACAACUCUACCGUAACUAGACUGAUCUAUGCAUUUUUCUUGUUUGUUGGAGUGUGUGUAGCUUGUGUAAUGUUGAUACCAGGAAUGGAAGAACAACUAAAUAAGAUUCCUGGAUUUUGUGAGAAUGAGAAAGGCCUUGUCCCUUGUAAUAUUCUGGUGGGCUAUAAAGCUGUAUACCGUUUGUGCUUCGGCUUGGCUAUGUUCUAUCUUCUCCUGUCUUUAUUAAUGAUUAAGGUGAAGAGUAGCAGUGAUCCUAGAGCUGCAGUGCACAAUGGAUUUUGGUUCUUUAAAUUUGCUGCAGCAAUUGCAAUUAUUAUUGGGGCAUUCUUCAUUCCAGAAGGAACUUUUACAGCUGUGUGGUUUUACGUAGGCAUGGCAGGUGCCUUUUGCUUCAUCCUCAUACAACUAGUCUUACUUAUUGAUUUUGCCCAUUCAUGGAAUGAAUCAUGGGUUGAAAAAAUGGAAGAAGGGAACUCAAGAUGUUGGUAUGCAGCCUUGUUAUCAGCGACAGCUCUGAAUUACCUGCUGUCUUUAGUAGCUGUCGUUCUGUUCUUUGUCUACUACACUCAUCCAGCCAGUUGUUCGGAAAAUAAGGCGUUCAUCAGUGUCAACAUGCUUCUCUGCAUUGGUGCUUCUAUAAUGUCUAUACUGCCAAAAAUCCAAGAAUCACAGCCAAGAUCUGGUUUGUUACAGUCUUCAGUAAUUACAGUCUACACAAUGUAUUUGACAUGGUCUGCUAUGACCAAUGAACCAGAAACAAAUUGCAACCCAAGCCUACUCAGCAUAAUUGGCUACAAUACAACAAGCACAAUCCCAAAAGAAGGGCAGUCAGUCCAGUGGUGGCAUGCUCAGGGAAUUAUAGGACUAAUCCUCUUUUUACUGUGUGUGUUUUAUUCAAGCAUCCGUACUUCAAACAAUAGUCAGGUUAAUAAACUGACUUUAACAAGUGAUGAGUCAACAUUAAUAGAAGACGGGGGAGCCAGAAGUGAUGGAUCAUUGGAGGAUGGCGAUGAUGUUCACCGAGCUGUAGAUAAUGAAAGGGACGGUGUCACUUACAGUUACUCCUUUUUUCACUUCAUGCUUUUCCUGGCUUCACUUUAUAUCAUGAUGACCCUUACCAACUGGUACAGGUAUGAACCCUCUCGUGAGAUGAAAAGUCAGUGGACAGCUGUCUGGGUGAAAAUAUCGUCCAGUUGGAUUGGCCUCGUGCUGUAUGUUUGGACACUGGUGGCACCACUUGUUCUUACAAAUCGUGAUUUUGACUGAAUGGGACAUCUAGCAUGAAAGUCCCACUACAAUCAUUGCUUAUUUGAAGAGUAUUCCAAACUUUUGUAAAGUUGUGUAUGUGUGUGCUUCCCAUGUAUCUUUUCCAGUGUUGUUCUGGCAUGAAUUAGAUUUUACCGCUUGCCAAUUUAUUUUCUUGCCAAGUGCACUGAUACGUGAGUUAAAAUGAAUUGUAAAGGGAGAGUUUUAUGACUAUGGUGUUAACAUUGUUAGGCCCUAUUCUCUGCCCUGUACCUGUGAAAUUAAGAGUGAAAACAAAACUGCUUGACAGUUUGAUUUUAAAAUUGUGUUGGACCGGGCAGCGCCUGUGGCUCAGUGAGCAGGGCACCGGCCCCAUAUACUGAGGGUGGUGGGUUCAAACCCAGCCCUGGCCAAACUGCAACAAAAAAAUAGCCGGGCGUUGUGGCGGGUGCCUGUAGUCCCAGCUACUCGGGAGACUGAGGCAGGAGAAUUGCCUAAGCCCAGGAGUUGGAGGUUGCUGUGAGCUGUGUGACGCCACGGCACUCUACCGAGGGCCAUAAAGUGAAACUCUGUCUACAAAAAAAAAAAUUGUGUUGGACCUUAAGCUGUUUCAGAAUGUUUUAUAAAAGCAAAUGCAUGGCUGCCUUUUGAAAUAUUUAAUAUGUUGUCUUUCAGGAGACUGCAAAGAAGGUGGCUAUUGUAAAAUUGUCUAAACAAGUCACUUAAAUGCCAGUUGUCUGAAAAAUCUGUCCACAUUUUCUCCUUGAUAUGAAAGUAGGAGAGUGUUUGCUUGCUGGAUAAUACUGUAGGUCAUAUAGAUGGAGCUUGAAGCAGAGUCAUUAAAGAAAGUCAGAUUAGUGGUGAUAGGUACUAAAUUGAAUACCCAGUGAGGAGAUAAUCUUUCUUGGGUAGAGAUGGCUGUUGCCAACAAAAUGAACGUUGUUUUGGUCAUUACAAACUCAGGCAGAAGUUUGGGUUAACAGAGAUACUAGGAACUGAAGGAUUUAGACAAGGUUUUGAAAAGGAUAAUCAUGAGUUAGAAGGAAGUUAUUGGAAGCUAUUUUGAAAGGUUUGAAAAUCAAAGGUGAUAACUUUUUAGAGGGUAGGAAAAAACUGCAAAAUACUAGACUUUUAUAGGUACUUUGAUAAAACCUACUCUAGUUCUCAUUUUUAAAAUGAAGAAACUGAAAGUCAUCCUUAAUUGCUCAAAUAGCCAAUUACUGGCAAAGCUGCGGAAUUCCAAGCCUACCAUUCCCUGUGACAUUCAAAAAUAAUUUCUAUUAAAAAUAAUUGCAUAAUUGAUUUCACACCUCAUUUUGGUGGGUAAUUUAUGUGAUGUGGAUUGCUGGUGUUCAGCAUGCUUUCUGCCCAUAAACUGAGGUCAGGAGAAUGAUGGAACAUUUUAAGUUCUGCUUACAGUGCACUACACAGUUCAAAAGAUGUUUAAAAUGCUUUUGUAUUUACUGCCAAGUAGCUGAAAUAUAUAAUUAUAAUAUUUCAACCAAAUGAAAAAGUAUGACAGUAAACUUAGAAAUUCUUAGUUGUUUUAUGUCAUUGGUGUCUAAUGAAAGCUUUUAAAAAUCUACAUUUGCAUCUUUAAAAGUAUUUAUUAAAGUAAAUGGAAUAUAACAAUUCACCUUAUUCCUCAACCUUAUUGUGUGUGUUGGCUAUUGUGUUCCACAAUUUUGAAUGCCUGUGUUGUAUCUCUAAAUAAAUGAAUCUAGAGAAAGUG